UUAAACAUUCGCCUAUUAUUGAAGAUAUUAUUGAAGAUAUUAGUAAUCGAGAAUAUGAGGAUAAUAUUGAUAUUAGUAGUGAUGAUAGUGAUGAGAUUCUUGGUACAGAUAUUAUUAAUGAUGAUAAAUAUAAUGAGGUUAAUAAUUCAUCUUACUUAUUAUUUGUUAUUUUAAUUAUGAUAAUAUAA